AUGAAGAGUUUUCUGAUCCUGCUGGGUUUCGCUGCUCUGGCCGCUGCCGAUGUCAAGCAUCUGACUGAUCGCAAUCUGGAUUUAUUCAAGUAUAAUCCCAGCGAUAUCUAUACCCUUCCCGAGGAUAUUGACGAUGACAAGCCGGCGGUGCAGUUCAGCGGUGAUGUGAUGAAGGCCAAAACCGAGAAGCUCCAGAACUACAAUUCCGGCAAGAAAUUCAAGUUGGAACUGAAGACCCAGAAUGGCAUUGAGGUGAGCAGCGUGGGCAAGCUGAAGGACGACAAGACCUUCGUGGUGAGCGGUUCCUACUCCUUCACAGGAGCCGAUGGCAAACGCUACAAGACCCGCUAUACCGCCGAUGAGUUCGGUUAUCAUCCCAUCACCGAGCUGGAUCUCGAUAUUCCCGAGCCCCAGCCCCUGGCCGCCGCCGGACAGCGCCAGCCUGUGGAUGCCAGCAGCCUGCUGGGCAACAAGAACCGCUUCCAGUUCCUGCAGCAGCACCUCGACGCCGACCAGGGACCGCUGCGGGGCAGUGGCCAGAGCGGCGACGACUACAGCUACACGCCCCAGCAGGGCGGCGCCAAUGGUCAGCUGUUCGGCGCUCCCUACGGCGGCGUUGGCGGUGCCGCUGGCGUUGAAGCCUAUGGCAAUGGCUACGACUAUCAGCCCCCUCAGACGCCUCUGGUGACGCCGUCGCGCCAGUAUCUGCCCGUGGCAUAG